UGUUGUUUUGGUCACGUGAUAACAGGUAAGAUGGCGUUGUACGGGCGAUAUCAACGUGUCGCGUUGACAAUUUUGCUUUGGGGGUUUUCGUUUGUCCAUUCAUCUUUGAUUGACUAUUCCUGCCAGAAUUGGGAAGGAUAUGGGAAAUUUUUGGAUGUAACGUUUGGUGAUCAACCUUCGCUGUCAAAAGCCAGUUGUGACCAGGAUGUGCAGUUAGAGACAUUCUCGGAGUCCCCGCCACGAGUUCGUUAUUCACAAGCGGUUUCUGUUAAGAAAUAUUUGAUAGCAAUGGUAGAUCCUGAUGCUCCCUCCAGAGAAAGCCAUAGUUGUAGAAGCUGGCUUCACUGGAUUGUUGGUAACAUUAAAGGAGAUGACUUAAAAAAAGGCAAUAUUAUAGGUGACACUUUCACAGGUUACAACCCACCUACUCCACCCUCAAGAUCUGGUCCACACAGAUACUACCUGUUUGCAUUUGAACAAAAGCAUUCCUUAGAUGACAGAGCAGAGGUUGGCAAACGUUGCCAGUUCUCUGUUGAUGAUUACAAAGAAAAAAAUGACUUGACUCCUGUGGCCAUGAACAUGUUCCAAACAGUUAAUAAUUCUUAAGUUUACUCUAUGCAAUUGUCAUACAUUUGAACUGAGAACAGAAGCCAAGUACUCAAUUCAUGGUUCUACAUUUGGUUUUUAUCAUUUUCCAAGGCACAGAGGGACAUGGCAUUUAGAAAUUUGAUUUCUGCCAAACAUGAAAAUCAAAGUUGUAAAUGUAACAGCUCAUUUACAUCAGGAAGUGUUGUGCUUUAAAAUAUUACAAAGUAUUCUAUAGGAGAAACCAAGAUAACUCUUAAAUGCAGGAACUCAUAAGAUGAGACUUACUAAUGGUAAAAUUAUUUAUUAUUUACAAUAUUAUUUGUAAAGAAAGUGAUACAGUAUCUAGAACCCUGCUAACUCAAACAAAAAAUGGUUCAUGUUAGCUGAGUAAAUGACUGAAAAAAGGGGUCAAAGAAAAUCAGAUCUUUUGCAAGUCACCAGAAAUUUGAGUUUACUGAGUUUGAGUUGGCAGGGUUCUACUGUAUAUGUGUGAAACAGAAUAACCAUUGACCAGCAUAAGGAUGAAGCAGAUUUUAAAAGUUAAUAGAUAUAUUUGUGAUAAAGUCAAGAAUUUCCUGACAGGAAACAUCACUGUCAUGAAUUUUUGAGAUAAGACAAUGACAAUAGAACUGCUUUGUAGUUGUGUUUACCAUGGAGUAAAAAUUCUUUGAAAUGAAGUAAAUGCUCUGUUGGAAAUUGUUGCCAGGAUGUUUCUUAAUGUAAAAAUAGUGCUUCUAUUCACACAUGCUCUCAAAACUCAUUACAGAAAUUAUAAUGGCCCGAUAUGUGUACAAAAAAAAAUUCUAUUGAGCAUGUUUUAAAUGCACAGAACUAAACUACACAACAUAAUUGAAGGUCUGUUUUAAGUGUGGAACCUUACAUUUUGGAGACUGGAUGGGGCAAAUGGUUACUGCAGUGGGGUCCAGGGUUUGAGGUUCAGAUUUGAGCCCUGGCUGCACCAUUCUUAAGGGUUUCAAUAAAAGCUGAUUACUGGUAGUCUACUGCUGCCUAUAAGACUUCUUGCCAUCUGUUGAGCUUGUGAAGCUCCUGAGUUUGGGUUUCACCUUUAGACCAUUUUCUUGGCUUAUUACACCAUGGGCAAUCACAUAUUCA